AUGGGGAAAGAACGCAUUCAGAAAAAAGAGCGACAUAAUCCUCUUCACGUUCAACUUGCAGAGGAUGAAUUACCUAACAAAAAGCGUUACAAAGAAAAAUAUAGUAUUCGAAGACAAGAAAAGGAUGAGGAAGAUGAAUAUACUGAACCUGACCUUUCACGGAAAAUCCUUCAAAUUGUAAGAGAGCAACAGGAAGAACUUGAUAAAAAUGAUCAAAAUCGAAUGCUUUACUCCAUGAUAGAUGAUGAAAGCGAUCAAGAUGAAAAUUUUUCAGAUGAUGGUGAUAAUUUUGAAUAUGACGAAUUAGAAAUAGAUGAAACGGAUCAACAAGUUCUCGAUAAAUUUAUGCCUAAUGCACCAAAAGAGAGGAAAACUUUGUCAGAUAUAAUAAUGGAAAAGAUUGCCUUGCAAACAUUGGAUCAAUCAAGUUUGAUAGGUUGGAAAAAUAUAUAG